AUGGGUUCCCAGGAGAAUUCUUCUUCUUGCCCCAAGGCCCUUGGAACCUGGGACCUGGAGACUCUGGACAGUUCUAGCCCGGACUCUGCCAGCCACCUGGAAGAGCAGUGUUCGAAACCCUCCCUGAGCCUGAAUGAUGAGCACAGCAUGGACGUCGUACUGGAAGACUCCAUGGAGCUACGGUCCUUAACCUCACCUCCACCAGGCAGAGAGAUCAUCAGGUAUGAAGUCACUGUGAACCGACGGAACAUCGAAGACAUCUGCCUCUGUUGUGGAAGUCUCCAGGUGCAUACGCAGCACCCCUUAUUUGAGGGGGGCAUAUGUGCCUCGUGUAAGGACACGUUCCUGGAGACCAUCUUCCUUUAUGAUGAGGAUGGGCACCAGAGCUACUGCUCCAUCUGCUGCUCAGGGCACACCUUGUUCAUCUGUGAGAGCCCCGACUGUACCAGAUGUUACUGUUUCGAGUGUGUGGAUAUCCUGGUGGGCCCCGGGACCUCAGAGCGAAUCAACGCGAUGGCCUGCUGGGUUUGCUUCCUGUGCCUGCCUUUCACUCGGAGCGGGCUGCUGCAGAGGCGAAAAAGGUGGCGUCACCAGCUGAAGGCCUUUCAUGAUCUAGAGGGGGCAAGCCCUCUGGAGAUGUACAAGCCAGUGUCCGCUUGGAAGAGACAGCCAGUGCGGGUACUGAGCCUCUUUGGGAAUAUUGAGAAAGAGCUAGAGAGUUUGGGCUUUUUGGAAAGAGGUUCUGAAGAAGGAAGGCUGAAGUACUUGGAAGAUGUCACGAAUGUUGUGAGGAGAGAUGUGGAGAGAUGGGGUCCCUUUGACCUCGUGUAUGGCUCGACACAGCCCCUAGGUCACUCUUGUGACCGCUGCCCUGGCUGGUACAUGUUCCAAUUCCACCGGAUCCUGCAGUAUGCUCGCCCACACCCAGGGAGUCAGCGGCCUUUCUUCUGGAUGUUUGUGGACAGUCUGCUGCUGACUGAGGAUGACCAAGUCACCACAACCCGCUUCCUCCAGAUAGAGCCUGUGACCCUCCAGAAUAUCCGUGGCAGAGUCCUCCAGAAUGCUGUGCGGGUGUGGAGCAACAUCCCAGGGUUGAAGAGCAAACACUUGGCCCUGACACCAAAGGAGCAACAGUCCUUGGAAGGCCAAGUCAGAACCAAAGCCAAGAUGGCCAGCCAGAAAGAUGACCCCCUGGUGAAGAACUGCCUUCUCCCCCUGAGAGAGUAUUUCAAGUAUUUUUCUCAGAACCCACUUCCUCUUCACAAAUGA